CUAUUUUUCAACAGGCAUAGUUCAGGCGCCUUGUUGUCCUCUGAAGGACCCUUCAUAAUUCCAACAUGGCGGCGUCCAUACGUGUGUGCUGUGCCCUCCGCAUCACAAUCGGAGGUGCAGCACCACUCCGUACUGUAGGGGGAGUAGUUCAGGUAUCCCAGUUGGCGAGUCGAGCUUCAGCUGCCUCUCUCCAAAGAACCCCUGCACUUCCACUGUUCCCUGCAACAGCAUGGCAGCAAACCAGACAUGGCAGCUUCUUCAACAAGUUGACGGCUGAGGAGUUGUGGAGAGGUGUGUUGGCGGAGUCAGGUGCCGGAGCCAGGAAGGGUAGAGGGAAGAGAACUAAACGCAAAGUUAAGAGAGACCUGAACCGAGGACAGAACAUCGGAGAAGGUCGUGGUGGUUUUCUGUGGCCUGGUCUGAACGCUCCAGUCCUGAAGGAUGGGAAUCUGCAGAGCAUGAGUCGAAGAGGCGAGAGUGAGCAGCAGGAGGUGCAAGCUGAAUUAGUGCGUCAGAGGGAUGAGUGGGAGAGGAAGAGGAAGAUGAAGGUGAAGAGGGAAAGAGGAUGGACGGGAAACUCUUGGGGGGGCAUCAGUCUGGGCCCCCCUGACCCUGGACCCAACGGAGAAACCUAUGAGGACUUUGAUUCACGUGUUAUUGAGGUGAAGAGUGUGUUCAACAUGACGGCCAAGGAGGGCAGGAAGAGGUCCAUCAGCUGCCUGGUCGCCGUGGGAAACGGCAACGGAGCCGCAGGCUUUGCGUUAGGGAAAGCAGCAGACAGAAACACCGCUCUGAGGAAGGCCAAGAACAGAGCGAUCCACUACUUGUACUAUAUAGAACGAUACAACAACCAGACCAUUUAUCAUGACAUUCAGUCCAAGUUCAAGAGGACGACGCUGCGCAUGAAGAAACAGAACGAAGGUCAUGGUCUGCACUGCCACCGGGCGGUUAUCACUCUGUGCAAGCUGAUCGGCAUAAAGGACUUGUACUGCAAAGUAGAAGGAUCUGUCAAUCUCCUCAACAUCACCAGGGCCCUCUUCACUGGAUUAGCCAAUCAGGAAAUUCACCAGAAAUUGGCCGACAAGAAGCAGCUCCAUGUCGUCGAGUUUCAGUCGCAGCGAGGCCCGCUGCCCAUGGUGGUGGCGAGUCCGAAAGACGGGGCACGACCCGACCCGGAGCCUGAAGACGAGAUCCCCAACACCCAGCUGCACUGGGACGACGUACGGGCCGCGCAAGGAAUCAAACGCUCAAUCUGGGCGGGUGUCAAACGCACUAUCUGGUAGAGUGGGAGUACGCGGCUGACUCACAAGACAGAUAAUUGGACUGAUGGGCGAUUUGUUCAAUCAGUUUUUGUUAAUAUUUCCAAAUCUAGUGGAUUGUGAUUGUUUUGUCAACCAAGGACUAAAGUUACAUGUUUCUCCAACUGAAGACAUCUCAUUUGAAAACCUAAUUCUCCAGAGUCACCAUUAA